AACUUCCUAGAUAUUCCUGCUUCAUGGACUUAUACUUCCCAGCAUGCCCUUUUCUACAACUGCGCUUGUCCCACCGUGUCUGGCACCACCUUCUCAGCCAAGUUUGUACAGACUUCCCAGGGUUUCUUCUGAAUACUGAAAUGGCCUCUUUCAUAGGAACGAUGAUAGGUCGAAGCAUACCAGUUGAAGUUGAUGAAGAGGAACUGGAAUCUGCUGGUGAAAACAGAGAGAACUUGGUACCAACAGACUCUUGCACAUCACAAGUAUCUUCUCAUUCAGUGGUUAGGCAGCCACAUUUUUACAGGUUCCAUAACCAUGUAAAUUGUCACAGUGCUGUGCUUGAAGAGUGUGACUACACUCUUCGGAAACAGUGCCAGGAUUCUGGAAGGGGGAUUCCCCCUGACCCAUCCAGUGAAUUGGCAGCCUCAUCAGAAAUUCAUAUGUUAUCUAUGGAUAAAACAAACAAACUGCUAAGGUCUCAACUGUCAUCUGAGUCUUCUGAUACUGGACAUAAUUCUAGCGGUAUGCACAUUUGUCAGAAUUCACUUGGUGAAAGUCAAGAAGGAACAAAACCAAGUCAGACCCAAGAUAAUAGACCACCACUAGAUCUACCAGCAGAAGAUGCAGGAUAUGACUCUCAGCCUCUGGAUGUAAUGGGUAUCAGACAGCUAGAACCUCCAUGGCCUCUUACGUCUGUGUUUAAUCUACAAGACUUUCCAAGGCCACUGAUGUCCAGAGAGUUCCCACAGACUGGCCAUCAGCCAUAUCCCAUGUUCCCACGAGUGCCUCAUCCUAAUGCUUCCCCACAGGCUCAGUGGCAUUCUAGAUGCAUUCCAGAUGACAUAUGCUGCCAGAAUCCAUAUGGACAAACCCCCUACCAACGCUUUGCACAUCAACCUUUACUGCAGCAUCCUAUUCCCGGCCCUUGCACAAGAGGUGUCCAUCCUGCUCAGCAAAUAAUCCCAAAUUACUCGAGCCCUUAUUCACCUGACUGCGAUGGAGAAAGACUUCCCCAGAGAGAAACCUCUUCUCCAGAAGUUUACAGAUUACAAUACGAGUCUGAAAACUGCAGUGAUUUUGUUAUUCCUCCAGACAAUAAUAACUCUCUUGUAGAAAUUUCUUUAGAUGCUAGACCUAGGAAUCAUUUAGCUGGUAAAGUCUUUAUAACUUAUUCUGUGGACACAGCUGCAGACAUCAUGAAAUUUGUGAACUUUUUGUCUGUAAAUGGAUUUCAUACUGCAAUUGAUAUAUUUGAGGACACGGUUCGAGGUAUUGACAUUAUUAAAUGGAUGGAACGAAACCUGAGUGAUAAGACAGUGAUGAUAAUCAUAGCAAUCAGUCCAAAAUACAAACAGGAUGUAGAAGGGGCUGAAUCCCAGCUGGACAAAGAUGAACAUGGCUUACAUACUAAAUAUAUCCACAGGAUGAUGCAGAUUGAGUUUAUACAACAAGGAAGCAUGAAUUUUCGAUUCAUUCCUGUGCUUUUUCCAAAUGCAAAAAAGGAACAUGUACCAACCUGGCUUCAGAACACUCACAUCUACAAGUGGCCCCGAAAUAAAAAGAACAUUCUGCUGCGGUUACUAAGAGAAGAAGAAUAUGUCGCUCCUCCGAUAGGACCUUUGCCUACACUCCAGGUUGUGCCAUUAUGAACGUACAUUAAAGUAUACGUGAAACAAUUAAUGUAUGGCUCUAAUGGCUGGCAGCCAGGAUUUUCCUGGCUUCCCCUUCUGAGUGAUGAAAAGCAUGCGCUCUCCCUUCCCCCGCCCCCGCUAAUAGAAUUGUCCUGGGUAAUGCAAACCCAUGUGUUUUCCCUUAUCCUGAAUGUUUCCUUCUGUGACUGAUCAGGCAUGCUACUUCUUUCUCUAUGUUUAAACAAACUGCAAAUGGAAAGAAUGUCCAGUCAUUCCUCUUGUGUUAUGAGCAACCUGCUUUCCAAGUCUGAGGCAAAACAAGCAAAUACUGUAAAUGAUGUUGCAAUAAGCAAAAAAGUGCACUCUGUUGUUUGCUUUGGCUUCCUUUUGUUGUCAGCCAGAUGUUCUUGCCUUGUUCAAUGAUCUCCACAGUUAUGCUCAUAUAAAGUAUCUGCCUUUCAUGUUGGCUGCCAUCUUUAUCACUGUUGAGAAAUACAUGACUGUUUAACAGUUCAUUGUAGAUAAACUGAACUCCAAAGUUAAUGUUUAGUUAUGCACAUUUAGAUGCUUUCUCAUACUUGAAAUAGGCUUCUUUACUGCUGCUAUAUGAAAGCAUAGCCUAGUCAUUUAAUACAGAAUUUGGACUGCACUGGCAUACGAGUGUUCUAGCUGGGUACCUUGACACUUUAUCUAUCUUAGGAUGGCACUGCAAGUAUAACUGAUGGGGACUGCUGCCCAAAACGAUACCCCCAUACCAAGCUUCCCCAUGUACUAGCUGAGCCAGGGCUCACAACCACUGUGAUGUGACUGUAGCAUAUGAAAAGGAGCCAUGGCUCUAAUGGCAGAACAUAUAGUUGUGUGCAAAAACUUCCAGGACCUUCGACUUCACACGGAGAAGCAGGUGGCAUCUUACAGAAAAGUUAUGUGUAUCCUGUUAAUCCCUAAGAUUACUAUAAAGAUGUACCUUUGCUUAUAACUGUCAGCUUCCCACUUUGUAGGCUCUUUCUUUUUUAGACGAAGUCUGGCAUCCUUUAAAUAAGAAAGCUAAGACUUGUUACUGUACAGACGGCAAGAUAAAUAAUGAAGGUUUGUGCAAAGAGCAGCUUAAUUGAAAAGGCCCAUUGUUCAAGGUCUAGCCUGCCUUAUCUCUGGUGAGCAGAGCUGUGAGAAUCAGGAAUGUUAAUAAGAGGACUAUUACUAAUCAAAGAAAGUUCAAAGGGAGAGACAGUUUGUAGCUAUGCAACAUACAAAUAAGACAGGCUGUUGAACAGGAAAGAUAAUUACUAUAAUUUAUCACAUAUCCACAUUAAUGCAGCUUGGGUGACUACCUGGUUUUAAAAGAAACAAAGCUAUAUAUCCUUGUACAACAAUUUUGCCAUGGCAACCGACAGCAACUAACCACUCUCAGUUCUCUAUCUUUGGGGUGAUGGAACAGGUUUGUUUUAACAAUUGACAGUAAAUAUUAAUGUACUCAAAUCCUGUGGGAUUACUGAAGAAGUAAUAUUCAUAUAGCCUUCUUUCUCAUCAGGCACUAUCUAUUUAUUUAUUCCAGUACUGUUCUUUGUAGUAAGCAGUAGGCUGCCUUGGGCUCUAUUGUUCUGAUAUUAUUAAGAGGUCCAAGUCAUAGCAGAAGGAGGCUUUUGCCUCAGGUAGCUACAAAUGGUACUGCUGUCUAUUUUGCAUGCUUAUGGGUGUUACAUCUAGGUGGGAGGGGCCGCUGGGAAUUUCUUUCCUUUAUUAUUAAACUACACACUGGUUCUGCAUCAAGUAGUUGCAACCAAAACCAGAAACUGUCCACAUCUGUUACUGUUAAAAGGUUCCCUUGAACUGAACAGAAAAAAAAGCAAAGUCAAAUACUGUCCCUGUGCUAUGCAAGCCUUUUUAUUCAUUUUUACUUGCUUUCUAGAAUUGCAUAGGUUAUGAACUACACUGUAGCCACAUCUGUUUUUUAAGGUAUUCAAACUUAAGUAGAUGGAUCUCAGAAGGCUUACAAUUCAAUAUUAAACUUAAAGAUUUCUUGAUUGAUCGGUAAUUAUAACAUCUUUUAGAAUUUAAUUUAGUCUCUAUAAAAAGUGCUACUGGAUUCCUUUGUAAGGCUGACCUACCUUGUAAAUAGGGGAGAAAAGUACCAGGGUAAGUUUGUGGAGGAGUUGGCUAUUCACUGAAUUGCUUACCACCUGGCAGGGCUCGUCAGUCAAUUUGUUCCAUUAACUAGCAGGAGUUAAUACUCCUAAAAUUUUCCUAAUUUUCCUAAAAUAACAGUUGAUUAAGAUAAGAUCCAAUUCAUAAAACAGUUAAAAACAGUACUAUUCUCGACAGCUAUAAAGCUAUACAACUAAAACAACCAAUUUUAAAAAUUAAUCAAUUAAAAUGAGAGCCAAUUAAAAUAAAACCCAGUUAAAUACAAAGCUCAAUUAAGAUGAGAUUAGCUCAGCGAUUGCCAGAUAAGAUAUGGAGUAUAACUAUGCGAUUAAGAACAGUCAAUUAAGAGAAAAGUCUUAAUGAGCCUAAAUGCCAGGAAUGAAACUAUAAUCCUCUUUUUAAGGUAAUAUUUGUACAGUCACAAAGCAAUGAUAUAGCUAAGAUUAUCAGCAGACAAAAAAGCUCCCGCUGUUAAGCAAGAAAGGUCACUUUCACUGAUGCAUAACAAAAUUGUCUUUCAACCAGGUGAGGAACCUGGUCUGUUAUUGCUACUACUGUAAUUGUUACUGUGAUAAUUGGCAUUUGAACCAGAUGUUUUGCAUUGUGCUAUGAUUUGCAGCUGAGUUUUACCCUUACAUUACAAGUGUCUAGCACAGCUGCACCCAGGCCCUUCCCAUCAUUCAACUUUCUCUAUCCCAGAGAGAAUAGAUCAUCUGGUCUGAGACUCCAUAAUAAUCAUAAUCUUUGCUAUGCAUUUUUGGGUAUUUUUCUUAGUCUAUUCUAACUUAUAUGCAUGAUGACAAUAUAGCCUGAGAGAAACUUUAUGAACACCAAAUUAGAUAUCAACAAUAGCUUAUUAAAGUGGACACAGAUUUGAGAAGGAACUCGCCUUAUAUUAAACUGUAAUUACAGCUGAAAUGGUUAUGAUCGACCUCCAUAUUCUUAGCUGGACAUUCAUACUUCCCCUUCUCAUUUUUGUGCAAAAAUUAUGAUUCUAGAACACAACUUUGUUGUAGAUCAGUCAAAAGUACCAACUUCUCCUUAGCCUCUGCUUACCCCAUCCCCCACAGGGGAACUCUUAAUUUGGAACCUGUCCAGGGGAACUCUUAAUUUGUUCCUUGUGUGACGAUUUUAAUCCUUUGUCAGAUGAGCCACCUUAAGUAAACUGUAGCCUACACAAUUGCCUUCAGAGGCACAAUCACAAUAUCUCCAUGGCACUGCUUGCCAGCAAAUGUUGCUUGUAUUCAAAAUCAGAUUCAGCUCCUUCCAUUUUUAUAUUACUGUAAUGUUUCUAAUUUUUGUUACUCGGAUAAAACAUUUUCUUUGGUGA